AUGAAAACUCAAUCUGUAUUUACUUAUUCCCUUCAUACAUCCAGAGAUUCCUGUCAUUUUAAAUUUACUAAGACAAUUCAAUAAAAACAUAGACAUUCAUUUAGUGAUCUCUUUACAAAUAAUGCAUUGGAACAGUGUAAUAAAUAAAAGAUAAGAAGAAAGAGUUGUUAUUGUAAUGAAUGUGGUAGAAUGAGUAAAUUUUAAUACAAAUUUAUGAAUCUUAAGCAUCAAUUACUACAAAAAAGAAAUCAGAGUUAUACUUUACAUACAUCAACAGAACAUUGGCCAAGCUAAAAUAAAUUCUCUAUUUAGCUUCCAAGUAUUUUUUAAUCAUUAUUAAGAUAUUUAACAUAUUCGCAAAAGUUAGAGUUCAUUUCGUAUAAGUAGAAAAUCAUUAUUAAAUGAAAGAUCUGAAGAACAAAGAUCUCCAUUAAUGAUAUAUGAUUCUUCAUUUGCAAGAUCUUCAAUUAGUACAACCUAAAAAUUAUUGGAAGAAACUGCUAUGAAAAAUAAAGCUUUUAGACCAAGUGUUUUUCAUUCUCAUGAUGGACAUACUCCACUUGUACUUAAAUCUUAAUAAUUAAUUAUUGAACGAAUUCCAUAAACUGAAAGAUCAACAAAUACAAAAAUCAAACUACGCAAUAAUCCUAAACUUUUAUGUCCACUUCUUAUUGGGUUUACUAAAAAACUUUUAAGUUUUACAAAAAUAAAACCACCUCAAAUACAUAAACACAACAGAUAUAAAACAUAAUGA